UUAGACUCUAAAUAUGUUUUGUAGGCUAUCAUUCGAGGUUUACUAAAGGAACAAGUUCCUGAUGAAUACUGUGUCAAGAUUGCUAGUGCGCUCAUGGUCAGUCAGCCACCUCUGUUUUCUCCAACACAGUAUUCGCAAAAGUCACUCAUUACUCGUAUGAUGUAUAACUCUGAAGACACUUAUUUUAUUGAAGAAAAUGCAAUGGAUGGCGAAAUACCCACAGGCGUCUUUACUGCUUUGACACCUUGUUACUCUUAUUCUUGUAGACCAGAAACAGGUGGAUGUUAUUCUCCUCGAUGUCCCAAUAACAAGAGUGAUCAAGAUCUUAUUGCAGAAUACAAGGAUGAAGUGAGCGUAUCUCGUACAGCAUCAACCAAAUCAACUGCAACUCCUGAAGGUGGUUGGCUUGUCUCUCAUGACGCAUGGGCUUCUCGUGUUGAUAAAGAAUUACUGAUGUCAUUAGAUAAAAAAGAGAUUGGUCGACAGGAAGUACUUAAUGAAAUCAUCUAUUCCGAAGAAAAGUUUUUAGCAGAUUUGACAAUUCUUCACGAGGUCAUUGUCAAGGGACUAGAACAGUCGGGUGCGGUUGAGCCUAGCCGUCUCAAGGACUUUAUUCAAAUCGUAUUCAACAAUUAUGAAGAACUCUUGGAGAUUAGUACAGCCAUGUUUAAGGACUUUUUAGCACUCGCUCGUCAGUACGAAGGAAAAUGUGUUCCAAUGAUUGGUGAUAUCAUGGUUCAACACAUGGCAUUUUUUGAAAAACCCUUUGUGACAUAUAGUCCCCACGCAGGACUUGCCAAGUACAUUGCAGAAACGGAAAUGAAGAAUAACCCAGAGUUUGAAAAGUUUGUCAAGGAUAUUGCCAAACACGAGCGAACGAAUCGACUGCCCAUUUGGCAUUAUCUGCUAAGUCCUGUCACACGUAUGCAGCGUUAUCCUCUCUUGAUUGAGGCUCUCUUGAAAAAGACGCCCGAGGAUCACCCUGAUCACGCUUAUUUGACUCGUUGUCUGGACAUGAUUCGAUCUAUUGCUGCCAAGGCCGAUAAUAAUGCCGUACACACCAGGCGCCAAUUAGCCAUCCUACACAUUCGUGAUGCGAUUACCUUUAGACAAGGCGAACUGUAUGACUUGCAGCUUAGUGAUCCUAAUCGACGUCUGUACCAUCAAGGCGUCCUGAAGCGUCGAAGUGGUGCCAUGGACGUAGCCGAUAAGACAGAUAUAUACGUUUUCGUAUUUGACCACAUGGUCCUGUUGACCAAACAGCGCAAGACAAGUGCGGGAGAUGAAUAUCAUGUGUGGAGAAAGCCUAUUCCUUUACACAUGCUUGUUGUUCAAAAUAAUGCUAAUUACAAGAGCCCAUCAAAGACAUCCUCUGCAUUUCAAAGCUUUGAUGGGAGCACAGGUACUAGAUACUCGAGCAAUGGUGCAGGCUCAGCUGCUGGUGCGGGUAUCAUGCUCGUGCUUCAUCAUUUAGGUUCUCGUGGUGGGUCUGUAUACCCGUUCUAUUGCUCAUCAACAGAAGAAAAACAAGUGUGGGUUAAGGCAAUUGAAGAUGCCAAAAUGUCGCUCAAGAAACGUCAUGGGGAUAUGGAUGUCUUUGAACUGAGACCGUUGGAUGAUACCAACUUCCGACACGCUACAUCAGGUCCACCUACAGGCACGACAACACGCAUCAAUUGCUCUGUACCCUUUGUUACUGCAAAUGAUGAACGAAAGAUUGCUAUUGGUACGGAUAAUGGCGUCUUUUUCAAGACAGAAGGUCAAGAUAACUCUGUGCGUCGUAUCAUUCAAUGUGAAAGUGUUAUACAGCUGGGUAUUAUGGAGAAGCACCAUAUCCUGAUCGUUUUGACAGAAAAGGCACUUAGGGCUUACCCUGUGGAUGCUCUGGAUUCAAAAAAUAAUACAAAGGCAAUUGAUCGUAUCGAAAUGGAAAUUGGACAGCACGUCAAUUUCUUUCAGCUGGGUUACUGUAAUGGUCGUGACAUGCUUGUAUAUAAAAAGAAAAAGAAGACGAGUAGCGUGUUUACAGCACUAGAACCAUUCUGUGACUUAAGAGAUCCUAGAAAUGAAAAGCUCUUAACGCCACGUACAUCUCUGUUUAGCAAUAAGCCAGAGUAUUUGAGAUGGUUCAAAAAGUACAAGGACUUUUAUAUUGGUGCUGAAGCUAGCAACAUUCAUUUCUUGAAGGCUAAAUUGAACAUUGUCUGUGAAAGAGGAUUUGAAAUCAUUGAUCCUGAAAACUUGACUGUUGGAAGAGAUAUCCCUGAUUCAGAAGAUCCUCAAUUUAACUUUGUUACUCGACAUCCUGAACCAUUGAAGCCACUUGCGAUGUAUAGGAUUAAUGACAAAUUCUUGUUAUGUUAUGACAAGUUUGCAUUCUAUGUCAACAAUCGAAAUGGAUCACUUGUCCAAAGAGGACCUGGAAAACCACCUGUACUAUGUGAAUGGGAAGGAACACCAACUCAUAUUGUGUAUGAACAUCCUUAUAUAUUGGCUAUUGACCCAUGCUUUAUUGAAGUUCGACAUGUAGAAACGGGGGAACUUGUGCAAAUCAUUUCUGGAGAAAACAUCAGAUUGGCUUAUUAUAAUGGAGGAGGAGAUAAGCCAGUGAUUCAUGUCUGCAUGACGCACAGCCAAAAACCGGAUACACAAGCACUUUUCCAUUUAUCAUUGAACUCAAAUCACCGCAACUCCUUUCCAAGACGAGCCUAAGGACAUGGAUGCAUGAAAAAUUAUAAAAUGAACCUGAUUGGUUCGCUGAAUGUAAUAUAUUUAUAUAAAUAAAAAAAAUUGAAUCACACAAUAAC